GUACAUAUAUAUAUAUAUAUAUGCAUGUAUAUAUAUAUAUAUGUUCUCUGUGUUGCAGGCUAGAGGAGUUGUUCCUGUGCCUUAACGAGUACAGCGGUGUGAGUGCCUCCAGCGUGGCGUGCCCCACCUUGCGUCUGCUCCACAUCACUGACAACAGCCUCCAGGACUGGGCCGAGGUGCGGAAGCUGGGCCCCAUGUUCCCCGGCCUGGACACGCUGUUCAUGGCCAACAACAAGCUGGCCUCCAUCCAGGACAACGAGGACGUCCUGCGGAGGCUCUUCCCCAAACUACGCAGCAUCAGCCUGAGCAACUCAGGUCUGAACCGAUGGGACGACAUCGAGAAGCUCAACUUCUUCCCCAGGCUGGAGGAGGUGCGGCUGCAUGGCAUUCCUCUACUGCAGAGCUACACCAACGCAGAGCGACGCAGCCUUGUGAUAGCACAGCUCCCUGUGAUAUCUCAGCUAAACGGCAGCGUUGUGAGUGAUUAUGAGAGAGAGGACGCUGAGAGGUUCUUCAUCCGGUACUACGUGGACUACCCCGAGGAGGAGCUGCCUUACAGGUACCACUCUCUGGUCACCAAGUACGGGAAGCUGGAGCCGCUCGCUGAAAUUGACCUCCGACCUCGCUACCGGGCCAUGGUGGAGGUUCACUGUGAGGACAAAGUGGAACAGCUGAGCAUCCGUCUGGACCAGACCGUGGCGGAGCUGAAGAAGCAGCUGACCUCGGUGGUCCAGCUGUCCACCAGCAGCAUGAGGAUCUACUACAUCGACAAGUGCAGCGCCUUCGGUCCAGAGGAGAUGAAGUACAAUACGCGGGCAGUCCACUCCUACAGCAUCCAGGACGGAGACGAAAUACUGGUGGUGCCCAAGACCAAGGGACCCAAGCUGGUGACUAAUUGAUUGAUUAAUUGGAUUAUUUGUUGAUUGGUUAACUGAUGCUGCUCCAUUUUCCAAUUAUUUUGUGGCAUCAAAGGCCCACAAGAAAAAAAAAGGAUGUGAACACCAUCAUGGUGGACUGCAGUGGGCUGCAGCCAUCGUGUCUUUUCUUUAUUUCAGCUUUUUUAUUUUGAGGGAGCAUCCACUGGAGUUAUGUAGACCAAUCUGUCACACUGGAAAACAGACUCGCAGUCAGCUAGCAGCUUUAGCGCCGCAUACCAGCAAAGCUUCGCUACAGAUCUGUCUCUUUGUUACCAUCAUGCACCUGCACAGGCAAAGCAUCCAACACCACUACCCCCACCGAUUAGCGGUGAGUGAAAGUGGGCACAAGGUGAGGAAGAGCAGCAGUUGUUGAAGGAUAAAUCAUGCAUCAAACACUGUUGGGAGCAUUUCUGGGUUCAUUCUGUCGUACGGUGGUGUGUUGUUUCUGUAGAAGACGCUGCAUCACAUUCAGAUCGUUAUACCAACAAAGUCAAACAUCAACAAAUUAACAAUCAGAGUAAGUGCAUCAUAGAAUAUGCAGAUCGUAGCUCCUUAAAUAAAGGACUACUUCUCCCACAAAAUGGCCAUUUCUUUAUCAAUUACUCUUCCUGUUUACCUCAGGAUCCUUGAGGAAAACUUUCUCUCAUGCCUCCACAGUGAAUGAAGAAUCAGAAAACAGGAGUAAAACCGUGAUGAAUUACAGUAAAUGGAGCUAAAAAAAACAUCCAGCAUCUUCGUCUACAAUCUUGCUAUUUAAAAGACUUCCGUCACCACAUUCUCUACCAGACAGUAGUUUAGAAAGUGUUUUAAAUAGUAAGAUUUAAAAUAUUACACCACUUUAUGACAAAAUGGCUUCAGGCGUAGUGAUGCAAUCCAACAGUGUAAAGACUAUUUUAA